AUGACUUCACGCCGCAACCCACUCUUUGGCCCACGGGUCUCGAUCUCCUCCUUUGGUCCCAAGAUUGAACACCCAAAGUGUGGAUACUGCACAGAAGAUGCUUCGAUCCCUUGUACAAACUGCAACGCCACAUGGUACUGUACAGUAACGUGUCAGGAAGUCGAUCGCCCUGUCCAUGACAUGAUCUGCCAAAUCUACACGGAUUUCGUUACCGCACACCCAUGUCCCCAGGACACCUUCGAUAAGAAAUACAGACUAGGUCUCCUACUACCUGUCGAUUCGGAAAAGUUCGAGCUGGCUUGGAUCGCCAAUGGGUCUAGCGGAAAGUCCGUGGCAACAUUCCUUCAAUACUAUGACCAAGACCGCAUCAAUACUCGUAAGACGCUUGUGGACUGCAACAUGGCAAGCAAGGGGUUUGAUCAUUCCAUCAUUUUGGCCGUCCGAGGGAACUUCCGGACCGACAAUUCAUUGCCGAAUGCCUGUAUCAAUCAUAUGAUGGAUGGAAAGUUGAAAUAUGCUUUGAAGGGACCGGUUGCUGUUGUUAGUGAGAGUGGACAAGAUUCAUUUGGAACUGCUCAGCAUUUUCAACCAUGCGAUUUUAGGAUUCUUAUCGACUUCCUCUUUAACUAUGAAGGAAAUCCAGAUCUUGAGGUAGGACACGCUUGUGGUAGCGAAUCGAAGGGAAUUCUAGGUGCGUCGGUGACUCGAUUUUUGAAGUUUUUUAAGGGCAAAGCGCCGGAUGGAAAGAGUAAAUCAACAAACACUCUCUUCGAUGUCGAGGACCAUAGGAUCUACAGACACCGAGCUGCAUCUUUCACUGAGUCAGACUGGGUUAUGGACUCUGCAUCUUUCCUUCCAAAACAUAGGGUUCAGCGCUCGCAGUCUAGCGUCAAACUUGGCAGUUGUAGAGACGAUGGUUCUUCGCUUCAUCGGCCAAAACCAUUUGUUUUGCCAGAUUUUAUACCAGACUGGAUCACAGGAUCUAAAUCGAUUGCCGUCGGACCUCAAACACAUUCGAACACCGUUCUAGAAGAUCGCUCUUCCAACAAUAAGAAGAAGACAGUUAAGCCUGCCGCUAGCAUUGACAGCUUAAAAAUCACCACAAUCUCAGAAGGCAUCACCCGUGUUUAUCGGAAUGACAACGUCUCGAUCAGAGACUCCGUUGACAUCUUCAACAUCCAUAGCCGCUCCGUAUCCAAGAUAAUUCACCACGACUCUGCGUCCGUUCUGUCGGCUAGACCGAGCCCACCUGUUAUUACCACGACUUCUUUCUUCCAUCCCAAGUCGAUGGCUAGUAAGAGCAAAGGCAGCACCUGGUCAACUACUAAUACAACGGCUACCUUGUUCAGUCGUCCGAGAUCUAACGGCACUAAUGUGCACCGCGAUGGUCGUCUGAUGCUCCAACUAAAUGUAAGAGGCUCGGUAUUGAUGUCUCCGUGGAUGGUUUGA